AUGAAAACAGUUACAUUAGCAACAUGUAACUUAAAUCAAUGGGCAAUGGAUUUCAAAGGAAAUCUUGAAAGAAUAAUAGAAUCGAUUAAUAUUGCAAAAUCUAAAGGAGCAAAAUAUAGAUUAGGACCAGAAUUAGAAAUUUGUGGAUAUGGUUGUGAAGAUCAUUUUUUAGAACAAGAUACAAUGUUACAUUGUUGGCAAAGUUUAGCAGUAAUAUUAAAGGAUCCAGAGUUAACAAAGGAUAUUUUAGUUGAUGUUGGUAUGCCAGUAUUACAUAAGGAUGUUAGAUAUAAUUGUAGAGUCAUAUUAUUGAAUCAAAAGAUUUAUUUAAUACAACCAAAGAAAGCCAUGGCAAUGGAUGGUAAUUAUAGGGAAGGUCGUUGGUUUACACCAUGGAUUAAACCAAGAGUUGUGGAAACUUUUUAUCUUCCAAGGAUCAUUAGUCAAAUCACUGGUCAGGAUGAAUGCCAAAUCGGUGAUGCAAUCAUUUCAACACUUGACACAGCCAUUUCGUCAGAGACAUGUGAGGAGUUAUUUACACCAAAUUCACCACAUAUUCAAAUGGGUUUAGAUGGUGUUGAAAUCUUUACCAAUGGAUCAGGUUCACAUCAUCAACUUAGAAAAUUAGAUACACGUGUUGAUUUAAUUCGUUCAGCCACCUCGAAAUCGGGUGGUAUCUACCUAUACUCGAAUCAACAGGGUUGCGAUGGUAGUAGAUUGUAUUAUGAUGGUUCAUGUAUGAUCAUGAUCAAUGGUGAUUGUGUAAGCCAAGGUAGUCAAUUCUCUUUGGUAGAUAUCGAAGUUAUAACUGCAACUGUAGAUUUAGAGGAUGUUAGAUCGGUUCGUGCUAGUUUUAUGGCACGUUGCGCUCAAGCUAAUCUCACUAAAGAAUUCCCACGUGUACGUUGUCCAAUUCAAUUGACUCAUAUAGAUUAUUGUCAUCCACCUGAUAGAGUGAUUCACAUCAAUUACAAUACACCAGCCGAGGAGAUUGGUUUUGGUCCAGCAUGCUGGCUUUGGGAUUAUCUUAGACGUUCAGGUUUAUCAGGUUACUUUUUACCCUUAUCAGGUGGUGCUGAUAGUGCUGCCACUGCCGCUAUCAUUGGUAUCAUGUGUCAAUUGGUUAUAUUGGAUGUUAGUAAAGGUAAUAAACAAGUAUUAAAAGAUGCGCAACGUAUCACAAAUUCACCAGAGGACUAUAUACCAACUGAUUCAAGGGAAUUUGCAUCACGUUUAUUCUUUACAGCUUAUUUAGGUAGUAAAAAUAGUUCAAAAGAAACUAGAGAUCGUGCAAUGGAAAUUGCAAAAGAUAUUGGAUCAGUUCAUAAAGAAGUGGAUAUCGAUGAUAUCUCUCAAUCAUUCAAUGAUGCAUUCUCACAGAUCACUAAAAAACAACCACAAUUUCGUGCUCAUGGUGGUACACCACGUGAAAAUCUUGCAUUACAAAAUGUUCAAGCUCGUACUCGUAUGGUUCUAUCCUACCAUUUGGCAUCACUAUUACUUUGGGAACAAGGUCGUCCAGGUUCUCUAUUGGUUUUGGGUUCUGCAAAUUGUGACGAAUCAUUACGUGGUUAUAUGACAAAAUAUGAUUGUUCAUCCGCUGAUAUCAAUCCAAUUGGUGGUAUGUCAAAAAUUGAUUUACGUUCAUUCAUUGAGUGGGCUGGUAAAUUCAGAGAUAUGAAAUCAAUUCUCUCUGUACUCACAGCAACACCAACCGCUGAAUUAGAACCAAUCACUGAAAACUAUACACAAUCCGAUGAAAUUGAUAUGGGUAUGACCUAUGAAGAAUUAUCAAUAUUUGGUAAAUUAAGAAAAGUCAAUCGUUGUGGUCCAGUUUCAAUGUUUGAACGUUUGGUUGCAGAUUGGGCACAUUUAGAACCAUCAGUUGUGGCUGAAAAAGUUAAACGUUUCUUUUAUUAUUAUGCAAUCAAUCGUCAUAAAUUAACAACUUUAACACCAUCCUAUCAUGCUGAAGGUUAUUCUCCUGAUGAUAAUCGUUAUGAUCAUCGUCAAUUCCUUUACAAUUCAAAAUGGGAUGUUCAAUUUGAAACUAUUGAUAAAAUUGUAUUAAGAUUAUCUCAAAGACCACAAUUAAAAAAUACUGUAAACUGUCCAAAUCAAGCAUCAUUAACUCAACAAUAA